AUAAACCACACUUGGAGGAUCUGUCAUUAUACACACAGCAGCUGAGCAAGAAAUAAAACAUGAAGAAAUCCUGGUGGGAACGAUGCUGCUCCUGUUGUUCUAGAGGCGAAGAGGUUGAUGAUUAUGGGAGAGGACCUGGAGGACCAGGAUGUAGACCUUCAGACAGAAAUAUAGAUGGAGAAUGCAUUACAGGGGAUGACAGAAUUUACGGAGGUGACAGAAUCCCAGGUGGAGACAGAAUUCCCGGAGGAGACAGAAUUCCCGGUGGAGACAGAAUUCCCGGUGGAGACAGAAUUCCUGGUGGAGACCGAAUUCCCGGUGGAGACCGAAGUAUAGGUGGUGGAACUAAUGGUGGACUUGAUGGAAACAAUGAAAGACCAAACAGCAGCAUCGAACCCGGACAACCAGGAAGCAAUAAUGAUAAUCUAACACCAAUGCCAACAGGUAACUUGCAAGUUCAAAGUGUUGACUUGCUAAAGGCUCGAUCUGGGGAAAAUCGUCGGUCCCAUCACACUGAUGAGUAUGAGUGUGAUGAACUGAUUGUAAGGAGAGGACAACCCUUCCAGAUCUGUGUCACCUUCCAAAGGCCAUUCAACCCCAAAAGUGACCAAGUCUGUGUCAUGCUGCAUCAAGGAAACUCCCAAGCAAUUACCAUUCCCUUUAUUAAGGAAUUUGAUGAGGGCGGCUGGGGAUGUCAACUGGCUGAAGCUAGCGGCCAAAGCAUCAUCUUAUGGGUGAACACCUCUGCUCAGGCUGCAGUGGGAAAAUACCAGCUUAGUGUUAGAAGUGGAGCAGGGACUUACAAUGAUGCUAAACUGUUGGUCUACCUCCUGUUCAAUGCUUGGUGUCGAUUGGAUGCUGUAUUUAUGGAUAAUGAAGCAUGGAGGCAAGAAUAUGUUCUAAAUGAAAUUGGAAGAAUUUAUUAUGGCACAGAACAUCAAAUUGGAGAACGAUCCUGGAAUUAUGGACAGUUUGAUAAGGGAGUUCUGGAUUCUGUACUGUACAUACUGGAUCGAGGAGGUCUUUCAUUUGCAUCAAGAGGCGAUCCCAUAAAUGUUUCUCGAGUUAUAUCUGCCAUGGUCAAUUCCAUGGAUGAUAAUGGCGUUGUUGCUGGAAGCUGGUCUGGGGAUUAUGGUGAUGGUGUGAAUCCUGUUUCUUGGGUGGGCAGUGUGGACAUUCUGCUCCGUUAUCACCAGACCGGGAGCCCUGUAAAAUACGGCCAAUGCUGGGUGUUUGCUGCUGUCACAACAACAGUACUACGCUGUGUUGGAAUCCCAGGACGUACUGUAACCAAUUUUGCUUCAGCUCAUGACACUGAUGGAAAUCUAACAUUUGACGUCUAUUUUGAUGAAAACAUGAAGCCAUUGGAGGAUAAAAAUAGUGAUUCUGUCUGGAAUUAUCACUGUUGGAAUGACUGCUGGAUGACCCGUCCUGACCUGCCAGCAGGAUAUAGUGGAUGGCAAGCCAUUGAUGCCACACCUCAAGAAACCAGCCAUGGUAUCUACUGCUGUGGUCCGUCUCCUCUGCUCGCCAUCAAGAAUGGUUUAGUGAAUAUCAAAUAUGAUACACCUUUCAUUUUUUCAGAGGUGAAUAGCGACAAAGUCUUUUAUCAGCGACAGCCAAAUGGGAAAUUUAAGAAGGUCCAUGUGGAGGAACGAGCAGUUGGACAUUGUAUCAGCACCAAAGCAGUGGGAUCUAAUGCAAGAGAGGACAUCACUUACCUGUACAAACAUCCAGAAGGAUCUGCAGAGGAGCGUAAUGCAGUAAACACAGCUGCGCAAUAUGGCAAUAAACCGUUGGCAGAGGUGGAGGCAGAAGAUACAGGAGAUAUAGCACUGUCCGUUGAGUCACAGGAUGGUGUAUCCAUGGGCAGUGACAUUGAUGUCCGUAUCUCAUUGAGGAAUGGUAGCGGAAGCCGCCGCAGAGUGUCUUUAUCCAUGUCCAUUGCUGUUAUGUAUUAUAAUGGAGUCUGUAAAGAGUCAUUUAAGAAUGAAGAGUGUAAUGUAGUGCUGAACCCAGGGGAGGUCAAGGCAGUGGGAAUGAGAGUGACUUACAAUGAGUAUCGUGUACAACUGGUGGAUCAGUCAGCCAUGAUGUUAACCGUGUCUGGAAUUGUGCAAGAAACUGGGCAGAAAUUAGCCACACAACACACGUUCAGGAUACGGACCCCAGAUCUCAUCAUCAAGGUUCGUGGUGAAGCAGUUGUUGGUCAACAAAUCGAGGCAGACAUCAUAUUCCAGAACCCACUCCAAACUACUUUGCACAAUGGCUGCUUCCAUGUGGAAGGACCUGGCCUGCAGAGGCCAAAGGUCGUACAAGUUGGAGAUAUUGGGCCACUGCAGACUAUUUCUAUCACCGAACGAUUUACACCUCGACGUCCAGGCCGGCGCCAGCUCAUGGCAAGCUUUGAGAGCAAUGAGAUGAGUCUAGUACAUGGAGUCACUGAAAUUAUGGUACAAGGAUGAGCUGAUUCUGAGCCAAGUCCAGUUUUAUUUGGAGCCUAACUGUAUUACACUGUUCAGUAUUAUUUGAUACCAUGGGAGCAGAAAAGUGUCCUCUGACUGAAAGUAUACUGAACGUACAUUACUCUUCUUUAGUAUACCAGGAUUUCCAAAAGGACUAAUGUGACAUAUUGCAGAUGUGGCAGCUGUGUGACUGUGAACACUUGCCAGUAUCUCAAAAAAACGGUAUGCAAUUUCUUUAAUUUGGUUUAAGAAGCCAACCAAUAUGAUGUCUAACAUAUUGGAGUAAAGCCUGUACUCCUCAGUUAAAUCUAUUCUAUUUAUGUAUUUGUUGUUGUUGUUUUUUUUUUUUUUAAAUAACUAAAUGUGUCAUUUUACAAGUAUGUGGUAUUCACAUACAUAUUAACAUGGGACAUUGGACAUAAAUAGUAGAGAAAGUCAAAGCUAUUGCAAUUCAAAUUUGAAUGCAACACAAUUUAUUAUUGGAACUUUUUGUUACAUUUGGGGGUAUAGCAAAAUCCUUUAGUAUGGAAAUCCAGGCAUAAGGAAGGAAUAUUCAAUAUAUUACAACUGUGAGCCUAAACUCAUUAUUCUGAUAUCUGUACAUACCUCUAGCAAGGUGGUAAGACUCUGAUCACUCUACAUACUCGUCUGCCCAUCCUGCAUUUAAAACCCUUUUCUCCUAUCCAUUCCCUUAUACCUGACCAAAAAGCUGGUUACUUUACGUACAUAUUGUAUGUCCUCCGGAAAUGCAGUCUUUUUGUAAUAUGAAGGUAAUAAUGUUAUGACAGUCUAUGAUUAAUUUAUCCUCCCACAAGGUACAGAUGUAGCAGAGUUGUACCAGGCAGCUGGGGUUGUAAAAAAAUUAAAGGAUUGUGGUGGGCUUACCUGCAGUCCUGAUUUAUACAUUGUAAUAGCACAAUGGCUUGAGCACAAUACCACAAUGGUUUGAGCAGAAAAUACCUGGUCAUCGUAUGCCAACUAACAGAGCCAGCCUGCUACACCUGUAGGUGUAAUACGCAUGUCUUCAUAGGGUGUACCAAAUUGCUGUGUUUUACUAGUCUAUAUCCAUUCCUGUGACGGAUAUGUGACUGCAUAGACAGACUGUGAUAAGAAAAAGCACUGGAUUUAUCUGUGCACUUUUAUUUGUUAAAUAUAUAUUUUAUUGUUUCAAUAAAUAUUUUAUA